UUCUGUAAUGAACUACCGCUGUCUGCUUCAGUUAUUCCUGAGUGUGCUUGCUUUUGCCGCAUUGGGUAUUUACAGUUUACUUAAUGGAAUGGUAAAUGUUUCGGAUAUCUCAAAAAGACUGUUGCCCAUCAGCAAAACUCAUUUUCAGAAAAGAGUUUACUUUAACACAAGCAUUGGUCUAUUUUCCAGUAAAAAUCAGUCCUGUUCCUGUAAUGGAUAUGCUUUAGCUUUUCAAAAUGUGCCUAAGAAUGAACUGGAAGACCUUCGGAGACGUCGGUCUGAAGAGUACAGACAAUAUCGAGUCAGGAGGCAGGUAGAUAUGGAGCCACUUGUUCUUGCCGCGUCUAACUCUCCUCUCCAAUAUCCCAUCCAUGGUGUCACAUUGGUCCCACUUCAAAAAAGUAUAAUACCAGGUUUGGCUUUGCAUGCACAAGAAAGAGAACGCUAUGAGGUAUCUUUAAGUGUGAUGAAUGGGGUGCUCUCAGUGGAGGAUGUCAUGAAUGGAGCACAUGUGGAUGGACAGGGUCAGAGUGAUUUGACUAUCUCAUCUACAAGCCUCACAAAACUCAAUCAUCUGCUGAGCAGAGUGACCUACACCAGCACCGUCUAUCAUGUCAAGACUAAAGAUAUGGUUCAUUUUUCAUUUGAGGACCAUAAGGCCAUGUUUCCCAUAAAAAUUACAAGACCUUCAGUGCCAGUUCUGUAUGACCCAGGGACCGAUAUAAAUUCACAGGUAACUAUAACAACCAAAACCUUUCUGAGGUAUCGGGAGUUGAAUGUUCUUAUCAACAGUAUCAGAAAGUUUUAUCCAGAAAUCAAGAUCAUUAUUGCAGACGACAGCAUGACUCCAGAAAAGGUGCUCGGUGAAAAUAUAGAGCACUAUAUAAUGCCACCUGGACAGGGCUGGUUUGCUGGCAGGAAUCUGGCUUUAUCACAGGUCGACACUAAAUACUUUCUGUGGGUUGAUGAUGAUUAUGUAUUCAGGAACAACACAAAAAUUGAAAAAUUUGUGGAAAUCAUGGAGAAAGUUCCAGAACUGGAUGUGGUUGGUGGUUCAGUGGGAAGCAAUCAGUUUUAUUUCCACCUUAAGUAUGAGGAAGGUAUUGAAGAGGAGGGGGGCUGUCUGAGACGUAUGCAUAAGCUGAAGCACCAAUCAGUUCCAGGGUUUAACGGCUGCUACUUUGUGGAUGGGGUGGUCAACUAUUUCCUGGCACGGACAGAGGCCGUACGACGGGUCGGCUUUGAUCCGUUUCUAAAAAGAGUUGGUCACACUGAGUUCUUUAUCGAUGGCCUCGGACAAUUAUUAGUAGCUUCCUGCAAAGGACUGUCAGUCGGACAUCAGCCAAAAAAAAGACAAGCCAAAUACCGACACUUUAGGUUUCCUGGAAAACGUGAUGGAAGAAAGAAAGUGGGUCAUCAUUACUUUAAGAACCAUUUGAAAUGCAUAAGGUACUGAGGAACGUUUACAGAUUACACUCGGAAAAAAAUAAAAGUGCUUCACGAUGUUGUAAAAAAAUGGAAAGCAGCACUUGCUAUGUGACAGUUGGAAAAAUGGUGACUUUUUCUAUUUGCAUGGCAGUAAGCAUGUAAAAUUGUAUACAUUCCCAUUCAAAUGUUUUAUAUAAGAGACAAAUGUAAUUGUGCCAGCAAAUUUAUUUUAUUGCAAAACACAAAUUUUAUUUAAAAACUAAUUGUAUAUAAAACGA